AUGGCCAAGCUUGACCAGGAGUUGGAGCACGAAACUGCUCGAGUGGUCAAGCUUGUGCAACAGAGCGACGGCCAUGAAAGGGCCAGCAAGAGACUACAAGAGAAGUACGCUAAGUUACAGUGUACGGUUGAGACUGUUCCGAGGGAGAAGGCGGAUCUUGAGGAGGUCGAGGGGUGGGAGCAAGCACUGCAUGAGCUCGCGGGCUCAAACGAACAGUCGCAGCAAGAGGUGCGUAAGUUAGAUAAUCGCGUGCAAAAUUAG